UUUUCAGUUAGUGUUGUUAGUAAAGUUAGUAUAGUUAGUUGCUAGUAUAGUUGUUAGCAUUGUUUGCAUGUAGUUUAGUUAGCUUUGUGAGUAUUUUUUGUUAUUAUAUUAAUAAACAUAGCAUCCUAUCACAGGUAGCACAGGUAAUACUGGUGAAUGCAGUAAUCAUAGUUGGGAGCAGCUGACAUUUAGUGCAGCGGUGGUUGGCACAGCCAGGCUGCUGGGCAUCAUAGUGAGUGCAGUCAGGCACCGGGUCACUAUGUUCUGCAAUUUUGGUUCUAAGGACAUUGUAAUCCGAAACUACCAGAUCCUCAGGACCCUCGGGGAGGGCACGUACGGCAAGGUGAAGCUUGCCCGGCACAGCCUCACGGGGACCGAGGUGGCCUUGAAGGUCAUCCGCAAGUCCUGGUGGGUGAGCAAAGAGUCCCUGACCAGGGAGGUGUGCAACAUGAAGGCUCUGAGCCACCCACACAUAGUACAGCUCUUCCAGGUGCUGGAUACGAAGGGCCAGCUCAUCCUGGUGAUGGAAUACAUGGAAGGCGGGGACCUGCACGACUACCUGCAGCACCACGGGCGCCUGGCGGAAAGCGAGGCCCGAGGCAUGUUCGAGCAGCUUCUCUCUGCCUUAAGCUACUGCCACCGCAAAGGAGUGGUGCACCGGGACCUGAAGGCCGAGAACAUCUUAAUGGACCGGCAGGAGAACGUGAAGCUGGGGGACUUCGGCCUGAGCGUGCAGUGCAAGGGCCAGGAGCUGAGCACGUGCUGCGGCAGCCCCGAGUACGCGGCCCCCGAGAUCUACCGCCUGCACCGACACUACGGCCCCGCCGCAGACAUCUGGAGCCUGGGCGUCGUCCUCUACUUCAUGGUGACUGGGGCGCUGCCCUUCGUGGGGGACAACUUUUGGAAGCUCAGGCAGCGCGUCACCAGCGGCUGCUUCCACGUGCCCGCCUACCUGUCGGGGCAGUGUGAGGACCUGUUGAGGAAAAUGUUGGUGCUGGACCCCCAGGCCCGGAGCAGCAUUGAAGACCUCGUCACACACCCCUGGGUUAAAAUGAGAAGGGAGCUCCUGGCUUUCAGGGAGCUGUCCUACCACCACCACGACCCGGCCAUGACAGAAGCCAUGGUCACCAUGGGGUUUGAGAAGGACGAAAUCCACAGCUCUGUAGCGGAAAGGAAGUUUGACUACAUCAUGGCCACUUACCUCAUACUCCACUGGAAACAGCAGGAGGGGCAGGGCAACGCCGUCUUGGAGAAGCCCUCCCCUGUGGCUGUGCUGGACAAGGACAGCCUUUCCCAGGAUUGCCACCUGCAGCCCAAUGUUUCAAGGAAGAAAACCCUUGAAAUCAAGGGUCCUAUAGUUUCUGGUUUGCUUCAGCCCCAGGAGUCAGGCCAGAAGGAAGGAAAUCAAAUUUUGGCAUUGGCCAGCCUCAUAGCCAACCAAGAACAAAGGAAUACGACCUCCAGUCCAGCCCCUCAAUCCCCCAGCACAACCCGAAGACCUCCCCCAGGACGGGGUUGGCACCUCCGCUUCCACAGCAAUGCAAUAGCACCACAGGAAAAUUCUUUCCAUGCUCCAGAACCUGAUAAGACUCCAGCCUCUCCCUGUGGUCACGGCCAAGGCAGGAGGGCCACAGCUAGGCAGAUACUGAACUUUGUCUUAAGAAUCUGUUGCUUCUGUGCACCGCUCUGUAAACAGCAUGGCAGUAACCAGUCACUCAACUAAGUACUGAGACUAUCCAUAAGCCUUCCUCCAACGGGCAGCCGCCCAGUGACCGUGGUGCACAGGAGAGGGGUGAGGUUCUGGAGAUGGGUCAGGGGCUAUGUACUGACAGGGGGGCCAGGCAGCAGCAUGAGGCACACAGACCUGGGGCUCAGAUGUCCAGGGAGCACAGAAGUCCAGGGAGCACAGGAUGCACAAAGUGUCCGUGUUUUCUGCACCAGCCACAAGGAGGGAAUAGCUUCUCCAAACUGUCCCAAGCAUCCAUUCCAAAUACCUGUGGCACAGAGCGGAAACAGGCCCUCCUUGAGGUCAGGAAGCUGGUGGCUCCCCAGGAUUCCUUGAGGUGUCAGAGGUCUUGGGGUCCAGAGGAGGAAGAUUGACGCAAUGCUCCUCAGGGUCCUCAAAAUCAUUGAUUCUUCUACACAGACUGCCAAGAACUGAAUGUUCUUUCGAAAUGUCUUCCUUCCAAGUCAUCCAGAAAAGGCUAUGAAAGGCAGAAGAGGAUUGGACCAAGCCAAUCAACAGCAUCCAGCUGGGAAAUGAGCGAACAUUUCCAGGGUCACAAAGGAUGGCUGGAACUGGGAGGUUGCCACUGAGUUUGCUGAUGGACAUAGAUAGGCUUCCACUUAACCCAGAACUGGACUUCUAGAUGACAUGCUUGGUGCCUGUGGGAAACUCUGGGAGGCUUGGAGACAUCUAAAUGCUUUUUUUCUGAAGAAGACAGUUUGAAAUGGAGCUUUUUGUUAAAGUCUCUAUCCCAUUAAACAUUAAAUCAGUUGUUGAACCAGAAUGCAUUUACUUGUAUGUAUGAAUGCAUCCGUACUUCUAACACAUGGGUAAUCAAAUACUUAAAUUUGCUUUAAAA